AUGGGUGAUAUAAAAAUAUGUACUAAUUGCAAGUCUCAAUCAGACUUAAAUCCAUCAAUGAAAAUUAUGAUUAAUAUUUGUGGGCAUCCAAUUUGCAAUUAUUGUGUGGAGACAAUUUGGGCAAGAAACUCUGCACCAUGCAGAGAUUGUAACAAAAUACUAAAAAAACAUGAAUUUUGGGAACAACAAUUUGACGAUCCUAUUAUAGAGAAGGAAAAUUAUUUUCGUAGAAAAGUUAAGAAAAUAUAUAACUUGAAAAGAGAUUGCUUUCCAACAUUAGAAGCAUAUAAUAAUUUUUUGGAAAAAAUAGAAGAUCUUGUUUAUAAUUUGACAUAUGAUAUUGAUGUUCAAUCUACUGAAGAAGAGAUUAAUCAAUUUGCUAAAGAUAAUAGUGAUAUAAUUGAUCAAUGUAAAAGAAAGAAAGAUGAUGACCAAUUAUGGAUAGAGAGAGCUAUAAAUGAUGAAAAUAAUAGUAAAUCCCGACUAUUUGCUAGAAUAGAACAGGAGAAACAAGAAAAAGCUCUUAGAGAUGCAUCUAAAAUUGAUACAAAGAGUGUUAUUGAUGAACUUAAAAAUUCUUCUAUACCAGCUGAUUUAAUUUUAGAAAGAAAAAGAAAAAUGCAAGCUGAUCAAGAUGCUAAAUUACAAGAUGAAGAAAGGCGUAAGAAGAUUGAAAAAGCUGAGAAAAAAAAAUUCAAGGAAUAUGCUUCUUUUACAACGACUCGUUCUAUUGGUGUGGCUUAUCACCACAAAAAAAUUCAAUUACAAAUCAAUGGUCCAAAUGUUCCUUCAUUAUCAGAUAUUAGAACAGCAGGUUAUUUAAAUUAUGUUACUGAAUGUCCGAAGUCUGCACAAGGUGGUGGUUUUUCAACUGAAUAUGGAAUUAUGAAAGAUCUUUUUGCCUGCAGAGUUGAUCUAUUUUUAUUUUGA